CCCCCCUGGAUCUGUCACUGGUCCUCCAGUCUCCCCCCUACUAAGACUUCCAAAUCGUGUCCUCAUCAGCUGUGGGUAAAGGAGUUCAGAGUUUCUUCAGUUUCAUCAUCAUUAUUUCCCUCUUCCUCCUGGACUAAGAGGAACCCACUGAUUGCAUCUACCUGCAGAAACCUCCUGAUUCCUUGAAAGUUUUCUCACAAGCCGGCUCAAGAUGCCAGAGCCAACAAAGAAAGACGAGAUGCCAAAUGGUCAGCCAGAAGAAAGUGUGGCACCAGACAGUAACGGUGCCCCAACCCUACCUGAGAUAUCUCUGGAGGUUUCCCCCCCACCAGAGUCGGUAGAAGAGGGGAAAGAGCCAGUAGAGACUGAUGGGAAGAAACCAGAGCCCACAGGUUCUGAGCCAUUACAGGCUGAGGUGGCUCAGGAGCAGAAGCCUGUCCACAAUGGUUCAAAUCAACCAGAACCUAGUGGGGUUGGGGUAAAUGAGCAAGCAGAGACCUCUAAACCCGCUGUAAAGAAAGAGGGCCCUUGCUCUCCCCCACCGCCUGAAGAUGGAAAUUCAGUGAAGAAACUCUCAAUUGAUCUGCCUAAUGAUAGUGCCCCUGAGGCAACCAAGGGGAGGAAAGACUCAGUGUGGUCUCUGGGAGAGGGUCAGAACCCAGAGGAUGUGGACAAACCGAUCGACAACCCGCCAUUGUCUACGCUGUUGAUUGAGAGCCCCCAGAGUGGAACUGUCACUGUAGGGGGUGACAUCACGUUUGUAGCCAAGGUGGAAGCCAAAGAUCUUCUCCGUAAACCUACUGUUAAGUGGUUUAAAGGGAAAUGGAUGGAUCUGGCAAGCAAGACCGGAAAACAUCUACAACUCAAGGAGACAUUCGACCGACAAACCAAGAUCCACACAUUUGAGAUGCACAUCAUCAAGGCCAAAGACAACUAUGCUGGAAAUUAUAGGUGUGAGGUGACCUACAAGGACAAGUUUGACAGCUGUUCCUUUGAUUUAGAAGUGAAAGAAGUUGAAAGCUCACAGGCUAUUGAUAUUCGAUCAGCGUUCAAAAGAAGCAGUGAAGGACAAGAAGAUGCAGGAGAGCUUGACUUUAGUGGUCUCCUUAAGCAUAGAAAUCAGAGGGAGCACAAACAGCAAGAUGACACCCCAGAGGUGGACGUGUGGGAGAUUCUGAAGAACGCCAGACCAGACCAGUAUGAGAAAAUCGCCUUCACAUACGGCAUCACCGACCUGAGGGGUCUUCUGAAAAGGAUGAAAAAGAUUCCCAAAGAAGAGAAAAAGAGUGCAGCCUUUGCAAAGAGGUUGGACCCAGCCUACCAGGUGGAUAAAGGUGGAAAGAUCCGCUUGGUAGUCGAUCUGGCAGACCCCACAGUGGAGCUGAAGUGGUACAAGAACGGACAGGAGAUCAGGCCUUCUCCAAAUCAAAGGAAGUAUAUUUUUGAACAUAAAGGCACGCAAAGGAUUAUGGUCAUCAACAACUGUUCCUCUAAUGACGACGCAGCCUAUUCUGUAGUUGCAGGGGAAGAGAAAUGCACCACAGAGCUUUUUGUUAAAGAGCUACCAAUUAAGAUCGUUAAAGGUAUCGAGCCUGUGAAGACUACAGUGAAUGAGAGGAUUGAGCUGGAGUGUGAGGUGUCAGAGGAAGGCGCCCAAGUUAAAUGGAUGAAAAACGGUGUUGAAGUCCCAACAGGAGUUCGCUCAAGGUACCGAGUAAAGUGUGAAGGAACCAAACAUUACCUGGUCAUUGAUGAUGCCUCCAAAGAAGACACCGGGUUGUAUUCUGUCAUGGCCUCCGGAGGCACUUCAGAGGCUCAAGUCCAAGUGGACUUGAAACCCUUGAAGGUGUUCCAGGAUCUGCAGGACAUGACGGUGUUGCUGGGACAACCCCUAAAACUACACUGUGAAAUCUUCCCAGGAAAUGUCCCAGGCCGUUGGUACAGGAAUGGACAGCUGAUCCAACCCAGUGAUCGUCUCAACAUCAUACACAGGGCUAAGGUUCAUCGGCUGGAAAUUGAAGCAUGUACCCUUCAUGAUGCUGGAGAUUACACUUUUGUGCCAGAGGGGUAUUCACAAAGCUUGUCUGCCAAAGUCCACAUUAUUGAUCCUCCGAGAGUUCACCUGGAAAGCUUGAACUUCCCAGACAACACAGUCACAGUGGUGGCUGGAAACAAGCUCCGAUUAGAGAUCCCAAUCAGUGGAGAACCUGCGCCUAGAGUUGUGUGGAUGAAGGGAGAAAGGGUGAUUCUUGAUUCCGGCCACAGAGUCCACGCUGAAACCUACAGCGACCAGACAAGUCUGACAAUCGAAGUCACAGAGCGCGAAGACACAGGAAACUAUAAGAUAGUGUUGCAGAAUGAGGCAGGAGAAGCCACAGCCAGUGUCAAAAUCAAGGUUGUUGAUAUUCCCGAUCCCCCUGAGGCACCACUGGUUCCAGUUGUGGGCGGCGAUUGGUGUUCUAUGACAUGGGAACCACCCAAGUAUGAUGGGAGUUCACCCAUAUUAGGCUACUUUAUUGAGAGAAAAAAGAAACAGAGCUCCAGAUGGAUGAGGCUAAACUUUGACUUGAUCAAAGAGACUUCAUUUGAACCCAAGAAGAUGAUUGAAGGAGUGCCAUACGAAGUCCGGAUCUUUGCAGUCAAUGCCAUUGGUGUCUCCAAACCCAGCGAACCAUCCAAAGCCUUCACUCCCCUUGCCGUGACCAGUGAACCCACCAUGCUGGUUGUGGACGAUGUUACAGACACCACAGUGACUGUAAAGUGGCGUCCUCCAGAAACCAUUGGGGCUGCUGGGCUGGAUGGAUACUUAGUGGAGUACUGCAUUGAAGGAAGUGAGUCAAAAAUCACUAUUAGUGAUGAAACAUUCCAAGACUUAAUUACAACUGGACUAUCCUUCAUUACAGCUAAUGAUUGGGUGUUAUCCAACAAAGAGAUGACUGAGAAAACCAAGUACACCAUCACUGGACUAUCUCCUGGAUGUAAAAUAUUAGUGCGAGUCAAAGCCAUUAACAAAGCUGGAGCCAGUGCUCCCCGGACUCUACAGCACUCUAUCUUGGUCAAAGAGGUUGUCGAACCACCAAAGAUCCGUGUCCCACGACACCUGAAAACGACCUACACUCGCAAAGUUGGAGAAACCGUCAACCUUGUGGUGCCUUUCCAGGGAAAACCUCGGCCGAAGGUUACUUGGGUCAAAGAUGGCAACCCCAUAGAACCGUCCCAUGUUAGCAUUCGCAACACAGACUGCGAUAGCAUUAUUUUUAUCCGUAAAGCAGAACGAAGCCACUCUGGGAAGUAUGAGAUGACAGUGCAGGUUGAAAAUCAUGUCGACACAGCUAUUAUGGACAUACAAAUUGUGGAUCUACCAGGACCUCCUCAGAGUGUUACAAUCGAAGAUGUUUGGGGAGAAAAUGUGGCUCUAGUUUGGACCCCUCCAAAAGACAAUGGAAAUGCCCCAAUAACAGGCUACACCAUUCAGAAAGCAGACAAGAAGACAAUGGAAUGGUUCACCUGCAUUGAGCACUACCACCGUAACUGUAUCACUGUCACCGAACUGGUGGUUGGAAAUGAGUACUUCUUCAGGGUCUUCUCGGAAAAUAUGUGCGGUCUGAGCGAACUGCCUACGCAGACUAAAAAGAGCGCUCUAAUCGUCAAAGAAGGUUUGCAGAUGAAAAUACCCGAGUACAGUGACCGUGACUUCAAGGAGGCACCAAAGUUCACUCAGCCGCUUAUCAACACCUUCGCUGUUGCGGGCUACAACGCUACGCUGAACUGCAGCGUCCGUGCCAACCCAAGGCCAAAAGUGAUUUGGAUGAAAAAUAAGAUGACCAUCUUUGAAGACCCUCGCUACCGGAUGUUUAGCAACCAAGGAGUCUGCACACUGGAGAUCAGGAAGCCCAGUCCCUAUGAUGGUGGCAUGUACACCUGCAAGGCCAUCAACGACCUUGGGGAGGCCCAGGUGGAGUGCAAGCUGGAGGUCAAAGGCGGCUACACCUUCUACGAGCUCAUGCAGCGUGGAGUACCCUUACACCUGAUUGAUAAAUACAUGAACGAGUCAAAGAUUGUUGAGCAAGACAAAUGAAACUGAACCCAUUGCAAUAAGAAGCUUUAGCUUUAAAAUCAGUGAUCAUCAGUGACCCUCUUCUCUCACCUGUUGGGGAUCAGUGCACUGAUGGCAGCAUGGCGGCAGGAGGGGUGAAUGGAUCGGUGGAGGGAGUUCUGCCCUGUGGUGUGGAAUGCUGUGUGCAUGUUUGAAACUUGUUGCCGUAGAAAAACAACCAUUUCGUCUCCUUUUACACCCUUUUUUGUUUGAAAUAUUUUAUUGCCUCAGAAGCAUGCUGACAGUGUUUUCAAUUGAAUCAAAUUUUUUAAAAUGCUGUGGUGAGAAAAAAAUAACAUCUAAGAAAGAGCAACUCCUUUCUGAGGUUUUUAAAUGUGGGUUUUUUCGGGUGUUGACAGUGAAAGUGUUAUUUUUCUCUGGGGAGCUACAUAGAAAGGAAACAGAUAUGUUUAAAUUAUUGUUAAUAUAAAUGGAACUCAGUUCUGCUGAACAAAUUAAGAACCACUUGGGUAAUGUUGGAAAAGGAAUUUGUUUUCGAUCUUUUCUCUUGAAGGUGUUUUUGAUUGUUUUUGGGAGAAAGUGUAGAGGUUUACUCACAUGCAUGACACCUAAACCUUUGUGUUUAUUGUGGACUGAUCGAGGUUCAGUCAUGUGCAUGUCUUUACCUUUGUAAUUAUGAACCACAAUAAAUCUUUCAAAUGUG